CCUCAGUCAGAGCUGCGCGUCUGAGGCUGCUGAGGCGACGGCCGGUGUCGUGGUCGCGGUACCUAUUCCAACACGGCUCGCGGGCCCGUGCCGGCUCCGGUCCCCGGCGCGGCUGUCCGAGCCCCUGCGGCGGGCGGGCGAUGGUGUGGCGGAGCACGCGGACGCGGGCGGCGCGGCGGCGGGCAUGAAGGAGAAUGGAAGGGCAGGACGAGGUGUCGGCGCGGGAGCAGCACUUCCACAGCCAAGUGCGGGAGUCCACGGUUUGUGGAAUCUUGCUUCCCUUUUUUCCAACCUUUGUUUAUUUGUAUUGAUGCCCUUUGCCUUUUUCUUUCUGGAAUCAGAAGGCUUUGCUGGCCUGAAAAAGGGAAUCCGAGCCCGCAUUUUAGAGACUUUGGUCAUGCUUCUUCUUCUUGCGUUACUCAUUCUUGGGAUAGUGUGGGUAGCUUCAGCACUCAUUGACAACGAUGCCGCAAGCAUGGAAUCUUUAUAUGAUCUCUGGGAGUUCUAUCUACCCUGUUUAUAUUCCUGUAUAUCAUUGAUGGGAUGUUUGUUACUUUUCUUGUGUACACCAGUUGGCCUUUCUCGUAUGUUCACAGUGAUGGGUCAGUUGCUAGUGAAGCCAACAAUUCUUGAAGACCUGGAUGAACAAAUUUAUAUCAUUACCUUAGAGGAAGAAGCACUCCAGAGACGACUAAAUGGGCUGUCUUCAUCGGUGGAAUACAACAUAAUGGAGUUGGAACAAGAACUUGAAAAUGUAAAGACUCUUAAGACAAAAUUAGAGAGGCGAAAAAAGGCUUCAGCAUGGGAAAGAAAUUUGGUGUAUCCCGCUGUUAUGGUUCUCCUUCUUAUUGAGACAUCCAUCUUGGUCCUCUUGGUGGCUUGUAAUAUUCUUUGCCUAUUGGUUGAUGAAACAGCAAUGCCAAAAGGAACAAGGGGGCCUGGAGUAGGAAAUGCCUCUCUUUCUACGUUUGGUUUUGUGGGAGCUGCGCUUGAAAUCAUUUUGAUUUUCUAUCUUAUGGUGUCCUCUGUUGUCGGCUUCUAUAGCCUUGGAUUUUUUGGAAACUUUACUCCCAAGAAAGAUGACACAACUAUGACAAAGAUCAUUGGAAAUUGUGUGUCCAUCUUGGUUUUGAGCUCUGCUCUGCCUGUGAUGUCGAGAACACUGGGUCUCACACUGUCACCCAGGCUGGAGUACAGUGGCACAACCUCUGCUCACUGCAGCCUUCACCUGCCAGGCUCAAGCAAUUCUCCUGCCUCAGCCUCCUGAGUAGCUGGGAUGACAGGAAGUGACCUCACAAUGACUCAAGCUACCACAUACUGUUGAUUGUGAAAUGCCAGUUGAAGCAUAUGUCCUGCGAGCUUAGGGGUGCUACAAGUUGACCACUGCAGCAGUAAAGAUGACUCUGAAGAAUGGCAUGGGAUGGAUCCUUUCGAAUGCACUUGAGCAGCGGUCUCCAACCACAGGGCCACAGAGCUGGAGCUGGAUCUAUCAUGAAAGACUUCUGAAUCCAGGAAGAGAGACUGACUGGGCAACAUGUUAUUCAGGGUCUCCCUCUGUUGUCCAAGGCUGGAGGGUAGUAGUGCUAUCGCAGCUGACUGCAGCUUCAACCUUCCAGGCUGAAGCGAUCCUCCCAUCUCAACCUCCCACGUGGCUGAGACUACAGGUGCUUGCCACUAUGCCCAACUAAUAUUUGGAAUUUUCGUAUACGUGGAUUCCAGAGGGGUGACAGCGAAACGUGGGACCAUCCAGUUUCAGGAAAACAAGCUUAACACGCCCACUGAUUCUACAUUAUGCUCCUACCUCCCGGCAGCCUCGCCAGGCCCAGAACUCUCUCCAGUCAGCCUCUACAGACCAAGCUCAUGACUCACAAUGGCCUAUUUAGGCCCAUACCCUACCUCAAGGCAGUCUCCGCAGAUGAGCCUACUGCCUCACAACAGCCUCCACAGGCACAGCUCCAUCGUUACAAUGGCCUCUUUAGACCCAGCUCCUGCCUCCCAGCCUUCUCUCCAGGCCCUGAACGUUCUCCGGUCUCCCUCUGUUGUCCAAGGCUGGAGGGUAGUAGUGCUAUCGCAGCUGACUGCAGCUUCAACCUUCCAGGCUGAAGCGAUCCUCCCAUCUCAACCUCCCACGUGGCUGAGACUACAGGUGCUUGCCACUAUGCCCAACUAAUAUUUGGAAUUUUCGUAUACGUGGAUUCCAGAGGGGUGACAGCGAAACGUGGGACCAUCCAGUUUCAGGAAAACAAGCUUAACACGCCCACUGAUUCUACAUUAUGCUCCUACCUCCCGGCAGCCUCGCCAGGCCCAGAACUCUCUCCAGUCAGCCUCUACAGACCAAGCUCAUGACUCACAAUGGCCUAUUUAGGCCCAUACCCUACCUCACGGCAGUCUCCGCAGAUGAGCCUACUGCCUCACAACAGCCUCCACAGGCACAGCUCCAUCAUUACAAUGGCCUCUUUAGACCCAGCUCCUGCCUCCCAGCCUUCUCUCCAGGCCCUGAACGUUCUCCGGUCUCCCUCUGUUGUCCAAGGCUGGAGGGUAGUAGUGCUAUCGCAGCUGACUGCAGCCUCAACCUUCCAGGCUGAAGCGAUCCUCCCAUCUCAACCUCCCACGUGGCUGAGACUACAGGUGCUUGCCACUAUGCCCAACUAAUAUUUGGAAUUUUCGUAUACGUGGAUUCCAGAGGGGUGACAGCGAAACGUGGGACCAUCCAGUUUCAGGAAAACAAGCUUAACACGCCCACUGAUUCUACAUUAUGCUCCUACCUCCCGGCAGCCUCUCCAGGCCCAGAACUUUCUCCAGUCAGCCUCUACAGACCAAGCUCUACAGAUGGUGGCCUCUCCAGUAUGAGCUCCUGCCCUCCAAUGGCACCUGCAGGCCCCAAAUGGUCUCCGGUCGGUGGGCUCCUCCAUGCCAAGCUUGGGCCUCCCGGCGACCUCUGCAGGCCCAAGUUGUCCUGAAGUCGGCAUCUCCCGGGUCUGCCUCCCAGCAAGUAAGCAAGCUCUUUUGGCUCAACUCCUGCCCAGCUCCCAACCGCCUUUGUAGGCCCCGAACUUUCUCCAGCCAAGUUCUUCGGGCCUAAUUCCUGCCGCCCGGUGGCCUGUACGGGCCCAGCAAUGGUUGGAGAACGGCCUCUGCAGGUCCUGCUCUUGCCUCCCAGGGGCCUCUCCAGGCCCAGCUCUUGCCCCCACGGCAGCCUCCCGGGACCAAGUCCCUGCCUGCCUCCCAGCAGCCGGCGUGCAGCCCAGCUCCUCCCUCACGGUGGCCUGUUGAUGCCCAUGCCUCUGGUACCCUGCCCAGAGGCAUGAGCCCCUGCCACACACUGGCUCCUCCCACGCUGAGAGAGGUCAGUGUGAGCCCUUGCCUCACACCGGCCCCUCCCACGCUGAGAGAGGUCAGCGUGAGCCCUUGCCUCACACCGGCGCCUCCCACACUGAGAGAGGUCAGCAUGAGCCCCUUGCCUCACACUGGCCCCUCCCACGCUGAGAGACGUCAGCGUGAGCCCCUUGCCUCACACCGGCGCCUCCCACGCUGAGAGAGGUCGGCGUGAGCCCCUUGCCUCACACCGGCCCCUCCCACGCUGAGAGAGGUCGGCGUGAGCCCUUGCCUCACACCGGCCCCUCCCACGCUGAGAGAGGUCGGCGUGAGCCCUUGCCUCACACUGGCCCCUCCCACGCUGAGAGAGGUCGGCGUGAGCCCUUGCCUCACACCGGCCCCUCCCACGCUGACAGAGGUCGGCCUGAGCCCCUAGCCUCACACCGGCCCCUCCCUCGCUGACAGAGGUCGGCCUGAGCCCCUAGCCUCACACCGGCCCCUCCCUCGCUGACAGAGGUCAGCCUGAGCCCCUAGCCUCACACCGGCCCCUCCCUCGCUGACAGAGGUCAGCGGGAGCCCCUAGCCUCACACCGGCCCCUCCCUCGCUGACAGAGGUCAGCGGGAGCCCCUAGCCUCACACCGGCCCCUCCCAGGCUGACAGAGGUCAGCCUGAGCCCCUAGCCUCACACCUGCCCCUCCCAGGCUGACAGAGGUCAGCCUGAGCCCCUUGCCUCACACCGGCCCCUCCCUCGCUGACAGAGGUCAGCGGGAGGCCCUAGCCUCACAACGGCCCCUCCCAGGCUGACAGAGGUCAGCCUGAGCCCCUUGACUCACACCGGCCCCUCCCACGCUGACAGAGGUCAGCCUGAGCCCCUUGCCUCGCACUGGCCCCUCCCAGGCUGACAGAGGUCAGCGGGAGCCCCUUGCCUGACACCGGCCCCUCCCAGGCUGACAGAGGUCAGCGGGAGCCCCUUGCCUCACAACGGCCCCUCUCACCCUGACAGAGUUCAGCCUGAGCUCCUUGCCUCACACCAGCCCCUCCCACGCUGAGAGAGGUUAGCGUGAGCCCUUGCCUCACACUGGUCCCUCCGACGCUGAGAGAGGUCAGCGUGAGCCCCUUGCCUCACACCGGCCGCUCCCACACUGACAGAGGUCCAUGGAAGCCCCUUGCCUCACACUGGCCCCUCCCACGCUGAGAGAGGUCAGCGUGAGCCCUUGCCUCACACUGGCCCCUCCCACGCUGAGAGAGGUCAGCCUGAGCCCCUUGCCUCACACCGGCCCCUCCACACUGACAGGGGUCCAUGGAAGCCCCUUGCCUCACACCGGCCGCUCUCACGCUGAGCGAGGUCAGCGUGAGCCCUUGCCUCACACCGGCCCCUCCCACGCUGAGAGAGAUCAGUGUGAGCCCCUUGCCUCACACUGGCCCCUCCCACGCUGAGAAAGGUCAGCGUGAGCCCUUGCCUCACACUGGCCCCUCCCACGCUGAGAGAGGUCAGCGUGACCCCCUGCCUCAACAGGCCACCGUGAGGGACGAGCAGGGUCGCACGCGGGCUGCUGGGAGGCAGGCAGGGACUUGGGCCUGGGAGGUCGUGGUGGGGCGAGAGCUGGGCCUGGAGACACCCCUGGGAGGCAACCGCGGGGCCUACAGACUCUGUUCUCCAGCCGGAGCUGGGACUGUUCAGGUACUGGGAGGCGGGAUGUGGGUCUGAAGAGCUUGGUUGCAGAAACUUCGGGGUCUACAAACGCAGGCGGGAGCUGAGCCAAAAAAGCUUGUUUGCUGGGAGGCGGGAGAUGCAGCCAGGAGAAACAGCUGUGCCUGCAGAGGCCGCCAUGCGGGAGGCGGAGGCCGGGCCUCCUCAAAUCGGCCUCUCCAGACCCACUUGGAGCCUCCCGGCAUCCUCUCCGGGCCCAGCUCUUCCUCCCGGCUGCGUCUCCAGGCCUGACUCUGGCCUCCCAACAACGUCUUUGGACUCAGCUCCUGCCCAGCUCCCAGCAGGCCCAAGUCGUCGUCAAGUCGGCCUGGAAUUGGGCCUGGAAGAGCAGCAAGUCGGCCUCCCCGGGCCCAGCUCCGUCCUCUCGGCGGCCUCUCCAGGUGCAAAACUUCCUCGAGUCAGCCUCUCCAGGCCCAGCUCCUCCUGCCUCCCAGUGGCCUCUUUCAGCCCAGACCAGCUCAUGGCUCUUGGCGGCCUUCCCAGGCCCCGCUUUUGACUUUUGGUGGCCUCUUCAGGCCCAGAACUUGACCUCCAGUGGGCCUUUGCAGGCCCAGCCUCCUGCCUCUCGAAGGCCUGCAUGGGCCUGGACUCACAGCAGACUCACAGCGGACUCUCCAUGCCCAGCUAGCUCUUGCCUCAUUGUGGCCUCCCGAGUCCAAAGCUCCUGCCUCUCGGCCGCUUCGGCAGGCCCAGCUCCCGCCUGCCAGUGGCCUCUUUAGGCCCAGCUCAUUCCUCACAACGGCCUUCCCAGGCCCCGUUUUUCCCUUCCGGCAGCCUCUAGGCCUCUAAUUUGUUUAUCUUUUGUGUAUAAAUCCCAAAAUAUUGAAUUUUGGAAUAUUUCCACCAUUAUGUAAAUAUUUUGGUAGGUGAUUUAUUUGGGGUGAGUUUCUGCAACAAGCCCGAAUUUUAUAUUUUAUUUUACUUAUUAUUUGGUGUUAAACAGGUUUAAUGACGGUCAUGGCAACUUUUUGGCACAAUGAAAAAUAUCGCCCAUGAUCAACGUGUUCUGUUCUGGGGAAGGGGGCAAAGGCAGGGUGAAUCACUUUCUUAAAAAGUAUAGCUCAAGUUGGGAGUACAGAGGGAAUGGGGAGAAAACCCUCCCGCUGCCUGUGUCGAAGUGCAGGAGCCCCCACUCCCAUACUCACCUGAGUCCAGCCCCCCUCUGCCCCCCGGGUGGCUCAGCCCAGCUCCUGCCUAGGAAAGCCUUAGUGUUGGGAGGGACCCUGAUGACUGAGGAGCCUGGUAGCUCCAGGUCGCCCACACUUUCAGGUCUCUUGCACCAGAAGGUGGCAGGAUCCAUUGGGAGGAAACAGGUCGCCUUGGAAGGCGUCCGUGGGUCCCCAUCCCCAGGGGUAGGGGCCAUAGGGGGCCCGCUCUGCUGCCUUGACCAUACUCCUGGGCUUUGAAGGCUCCUGGGCCCAGUAAGAAGGAGGUGGGUGCCAAGGUUGAGGAGGAAGCAACCGAGUAUGUGUAGGGGGAGGACAGGGUGGGACCAUAGACUUUGCCAAAAGCUGCAGGUGGGUCGGGGGACCCUGGGGGCUCAGGAUCCAGCAAGGGGCGGCAGGAGUAAAGGAGGAAGGAAUGACAGGUGCAAAUACCUUCCCACCAAAGCCCUUGUUGCCCUCUGGCUCCUCCCCAGAGUUGUCCCCACUCUCAGUCGGUCACCCACUCCUUGAACUUGAGAUCAGUGUCAGUGGUGCUAAAGCCAUCAUCAGCAAUGACAUCAUCACCCCCUCCUCCUCAUGGAUGACCGUGUGCUCCUCGUCACUCGCUAUGUCCUCAGUGGCCAUGUGUUGGGAAUGAGCAUCUCAAGUGGGCAGCAGCAGGGCUGCCCACUGGUCACCUCCCUCACCAGGGGCUGCAAAGUGGCCUGGAGCUCCAUACUGAGUAGAAGGCUUUGGGCCAGAGUAUGAUGCAGUGCCAGACACCACCUGUGUCAGUUCCUGUAGUGCCUGACGGUCUAUUUCCCUGCCGUCCAGGCUGUGUACCCCCCUGUGGAAGAAGGCUUGGGCCAGGCUGAGCCAGGUUCCCUGACAUUGUGCAGCCGUUCUGCCCCACAGAAGCUGCUCCUUGGUAUCCGAGCUCUGGAGUGUUUGGGCUGCAACUGACAGGAGUUCAGAGGACACCCCAGGGGCAGUGGCAGUGCCCGUCUCUGAUAUGCUCCGCUCCCACGAGCCCUUGUUACACUCUUGCUAGCCCCUGGCUUGUGGGCUUGGCCUCUGAGGUGGACUUCUUUUGUUCCUUGUUGCAAGUGGGCCACCUUCACCUGGAAGGCCAGGUCGUGGUAUUUCUGCAUCUCAUUGGGCCCCAGGGUGUACCACCGCUCGCUCAGCAUCUGGCUGACGGUCCGGAUAUCCUGGUUGGAGUGACCCUGGUGCGCCCUGCCAGGGCCUGGUGCCGCUUGCUGAAGAUCAUGACCGCCACUCAUGGGCCACCGGAUGUGGUCCUUGUCCCAUUUGUUGGGGCUGCGUCCAUCCUUCUCAGAAGAUGAGUCCUGUUCCUUGCACAGGGCACUGAGGGACUGGGCGUGACAUCAUCUGAGUGGUAGAGGCAACUGGGUGUCAGGAGACAUGAUGGAGAGGAAAGCAUCAUCAUGGUGAUUCUCUGUCUCACUGUCCAGCAGAGACUCCCCUGAGGGGCCCAGGGCUCCUCCUCCAUGGUGGGAGGUGAGCUUUUACCAGGUUCCACCACCCCCAAAGUGUGUGGGGUUGCGGGCCCUGGGCUUUCAGGGCAGGUGGCUCCAGGGGGCCGCCCAGGGUCAACACUCCCUGUCCCACCUGGUGGAUGCUCAUGAGCAACAGCUGCCAACUUGGCAGGUUGUUUUCUCUGGUUGGAGGCCACUGAGUGACUGGCAGGUUGCUGGGCCUCGUGUGGCUGCAGGGAGGGGUGAGGAAGGGGAUGGAGUACCAGGGGAACAUGGCCACAGAGUGACCUUCCACAUUCCUCCACACGAACAUGCUGACGCCACGGGAGGCCUCACUGAAUGCAGGCCUGGGGGCCGAGUACUUGGUCCGGGCAGGGGGUUCCUGGCAGGGGCUCACACCUCGCCCCCUCCUCAGCCAAGGUGGCUUGGGCCCAGAGAAGGGGGGGUUGGAGAGGAGCAGAAGGCCAGGCCUCAAGUUUGUUUUUUUUGUUUGUUUUUUUGUUUUUGAAAUGUAGUUUGACUCUUGUCACCCAGGCUGGAGUGCAGUGGCACGAUCUCAGUGGCCUUCAUACGUGGCUAAUUUUUUGUAUUUUUACUGGAGGUGGGGUUUUGCCAUGUUGGCCAGGCUGAUCUUGACCUCCCGACCUCAGGUGAUCCACCCACCUCAGCCUCCCAAAAUGGGAUUACAGGCAUGAGCCAUUGCUCCCAACUUCAUUCAUUUUUACCUGAAAAACUCCGUUAAGCAUUUUUUUAGGGUAGACCUAGUGGUCCUGAAUGCCCUCAGCUUUGUUUGUCGAGGAAGCACGUUAUUUCUUUUUUCUUUCUGAAGAACAGCUUUGUCAGACAUAGUAUUAGUUGCUGGCAGUUUUUUUCUUUCAGCACUUUGAAUGUAUUAUUCGAUUCUGUCCUGACCUGCAAAGUUUCUUUAACUUUUGACUAUUUGAUUAUAUUGUGACUUGGUGAGUAUCUAUUUGGUUUGAACCUCUUUAGGAAUCUUUAAGCUUCAUGGAUUUAGAUGUCUAAAUCUUUCCCAUGAUUUAGGCAGUUUUCAGCCAUUCUUUAAAUAAGCUUUCUUCUCCUUUCUCUACUUGCCUUCCCCAACUCCCAUAACCUGACAAUGGUUUGCCUAAUAGUGUCUUGUUGGCUUUCUUUUCUCUGUCUUUUUUUCUUUUUUUUUUGAGACAGAAUCAUGCUCUGUCACCCAGGCUGGAGUGCAAUGUGUGGUCUCGGCUCACUAGGAUUUGUGUUAGGGUUUUAGGGUUGUUAGGGUUAGGGUUUUAGGGUUGUUAGGGUUAGGGUUAGGAUUUUAGGGUUGUUAGGGUUAGGGUGAGGGUUUUAGGGUUGUUAGGGUUAGGGUUAGGGGUUAGGGUUAGGGUUUAGGGUUAUGGUUCGGGUUUGGGUUUGGGUUAGGGUUAGGGUUUAGGGUUAGAUUUAGAGUUAGGGUUAGGGUUAGUGUUUAGGGUUAUGGUUCGGGUUCGGGUUUGGGUUAGGAUUAGGGUUUAGGGUUAGGGUUAGCGUUAUUGGUUAGGGUUAUGGUUAGGGUUAGUGUUAGGGUUAGGGGUUAGGGUUUUGGGUUAGGGUUAAGGUUAUUGGUUAGGGUUAGGGUUCGGGUUUUGGUUCUGGUUGGGGUUGGGGUUUCGGUUCGGGUUAGGGUUAGGGUAAUGGUUAGGGGUUAGGGUAUAGCGGUUAGGGUUAGGGGUUAGCGGUUAGGGUUUAGGGUUAGGGUUAGGGUUAUUGGUUAUGGUUACGGUUCGGGAUGCGGUUGGGGUUUGGGUUAGGGUUAGGGUUAGGGUUUGGUGUUAGCAUUAGGGGUUAGGGGUUAGGGUAGGGGUUAGGAGUUAGCGGUUAGGGUUAGGGUUUUGUGUUAGGUUUAGUGUUAGGGUAGGGUUAGGGUUAAGGUUAGGGUUAAGGCGUUAGGGUUAGCGUUAGGGUUAGGGUUAGAUUUCAAUUUCUAACCCGUUUUAUUUUGUUUUUUUUCUGAGACAGGGUCUCCCUCUGUUGUCCAAGGCUGGAGGGUAGUAGUGUUAUCGCAGCUCAACCUUCCAGGCUGAAGCCAUCCUCCCACCUCAAUCUCCCACGUGGCUUAGACUACAGGUGCUUGACACUAUGUCCAACUAAUAUUUGGAAUUUUCGUAUACGUGGAUUCCAGAGGGGUGACAGCGAAACGUGAGUAAGCAUGGAUUUUGGUAUAUGCAGAGAUGGGGGGCUGGAACUAAUUCUGUAUACUGAGGGACGACGACUGUAUAUGUUUUUACCAUUACGCUGUAGGAUACAUUCUGUUGCAUAGCCUUGAAAAUAAUAAUUUUUAAUUGAGUGGAAUAAUAAUAAUAAUAAUAUUGCUAAAAGUAGCAGCUGGCCAGGUGUGGUGGCUCACACUGGUAAUCGCAGCACUUUGGGAGGCUGAGGCAGGAGGAUGGCUUGAGGCCAAGAGUUUGCGAUAGGCCUUGGAAACAAAGGGAGUCACCAUCCCUACAGAAAAAUACAUGAAUUAGCCUAGUGUGGUGGCACGUUCCUGUAGUCCCAGCUACUUGGGAGGCUGAGGUGGGAGGAUCACUCGAGCCCAGGGAGGCUGAGACUGCAGUGAGUCAUGAUCAGGCCUCUGCACUCCAGCCUGGGUGACAGAGUGAGACCCUGUCUCAAAACAACAAAAAAGUAGCAGCUAACGUCAACUGACCUUUUAUACCAGGUGCCUAUUGAUAUCAUAGUUUAAUUUCUUAGAACUGUUUCUUAUUUCACUUACCAACUCUGUCUUCAGUUACUCCCAGAUCUUUACUGUGUUUGUGCAGAUGACCUUUUAUUUAGAUUGAACUGUCUCCCCAGAAGUAAGAUUACUGUGAGUCAUGGUGAAUGGACAUUCUCAUUACCCUUGAUGUAAAUUGACAGGGUUUUGGGUGCCUCCCAGCUAUAAUCUUAGCACUUUGGGAGGCUAAGAGAGGAGGAUUGCUUGAGGCCAAGAGUUGGAGGAGGCAGUAUGGCAGUAUGGUGAGACCCUGUCUCCAUUAUUUUAAAAAAUUGACAGGCUUUACCCGGGAAGGCUUAUACACAAUUUAAACACCCCUCAUAGUAUAAGAAAGUGCCCAUUUCACUGCACCUUUGCCAGCACAGUGUAUUAUAAUUUAGUAAGUCAUUUUUUGUUUGAUUAUUUUAAAUAGACAAAAGACCUCAUGUUACUUUACUUGUCACAUUUCAACAUCUUUGCUUAGCUUAUUAGCUCUAUUUCUUUUCUGUCUGUAAACGGUUGUUGUUGUUUUGUUCUUUGAGACAGGGUCUUGCUCUGUCACCAGGCUGGACUGUAGUGGCAUAAUCAUGCCUCACUGCAGCCUUGACCUCCCAGGCUCAAACUUCAGCAUUCCGAGUAGCUGGGACUGCAAGUGUGCACCACCACUCCCAGCUAAGGUUUUUCUUCUUUUGGAUAGAGACAGGGUCUCACUGUGUUGUCGAGACUGGUCUCUAGCUCCUGGCCUUAAGCAAUCCUCCUGCAUUAGCUUCUCAAAUUGCUGGAAUUUCAGGCAUGAGCCACCAUGCCUGUCCUGGGCUAGUCCUGUAUUCUCUAGCGUUCUCUUUACUUUGUGCUAGCCAAUCUCUCAUUAUGCUGUUCACCUGUUAUAAUGAAUAAUUCUCCGUAUUAAAUUUUACCACUUUAAACUUUUGAGUGGUUUAUGCUUCCUGAUUGGACUCUGACUAAUAUGUUAGGAAGGGUCCUAGGAGAUAAACCCACACCGAUGGGAUUUGGGCAUAGGUUUGGUUUCCCAGGGGGCAGUGCUGAGCUCUUUGCCAGUGGGAAAUGGGAUGCUGGUGAUUUCCAGGAAGUGACCUCACAGUGACUCAAGCUACCACUUACUGUUGAUUGUGACGAAAUGCCAGCUGAGGCACAUGCCUUGGGAGCUAAGUGGUUGCUGCCCUUGACCACUAUGAAGACUGGUGUGGGAAGGGUCGCUUUGGAUGCACUUGAGCAGGGGUCCCCAACCCCUGAGCCAUGGAGCCGUAGGGAGCCACACAGCAGGAGGUGAGUGGUGUCGAGUGAGGGAGUGAGGGAAGCUUCGUCUGUAUUUACAGCCACUCCCCUUUGCUCACAUUCCCGCCUGAGCUCUACCUUCUCAGAUGAGCAGCAGCAUUAGAUUCUCAUAGGAGAACGGACCCUGUUGUGAACCGUGCAUGUGAGGGAUCUAGGUUGCGCUGUCCUUAUGAGAAUCUAAUACCUAUUGAUCUGUCACUUUCUCCCAUCACGCUCAGGUGGGACCAUCCAGUUUCAGGAAAACAAGCUUAACACGCCCACUGAUUCUACAUUAUGCUCCUACCUCCCGGCAGCCUCGCCAGGCCCAGAACUCUCUCCAGUCAGCCUCUACAGACCAAGCUCAUGACUCACAAUGGCCUAUUUAGGCCCAUACCCUACCUCACGGCAGUCUCCGCAGAUGAGCCUACUGCCUCACAACAGCCUCCACAGGCACAGCUCCAUCAUUACAAUGGCCUCUUUAGACCCAGCUCCUGCCUCCCAGCCUUCUCUCCAGGCCCUGAACGUUCUCCGGUCUCCCUCUGUUGUCCAAGGCUGGAGGGUAGUAGUGCUAUCGCAGCUGACUGCAGCCUCAACCUUCCAGGCUGAAGCGAUCCUCCCAUCUCAACCUCCCACGUGGCUGAGACUACAGGUGCUUGCCACUAUGCCCAACUAAUAUUUGGAAUUUUCGUAUACGUGGAUUCCAGAGGGGUGACAGCGAAACGUGGGACCAUCCAGUUUCAGGAAAACAAGCUUAACACGCCCACUGAUUCUACAUUAUGCUCCUACGUCCCGGCAGCCUCUCCAGGCCCAGAACUUUCUCCAGUCAGCCUCUACAGACCAAGCUCUACAGAUGGUGGCCUCUCCAGUAUGAGCUCCUGCCCUCCAAUGGCACCUGCAGGCCCCAAAUGGUCUCCGGUCGGUGGGCUCCUCCAUGCCAAGCUUGGGCCUCCCGGCGACCUCUGCAGGCCCAAGUUGUCCUGAAGUCGGCAUCUCCCGGGUCUGCCUCCCAGCAAGUAAGCAAGCUCUUUUGGCUCAACUCCUGCCCAGCUCCCAACCGCCUUUGUAGGCCCCGAACUUUCUCCAGCCAAGUUCUUCGGGCCUAAUUCCUGCCGCCCGGUGGCCUGUACGGGCCCAGCAAUGGUUGGAGAACGGCCUCUGCAGGUCCUGCUCUUGCCUCCCAGGGGCCUCUCCAGGCCCAGCUCUUGCCCCCACGGCAGCCUCCCGGGACCAAGUCCCUGCCUGCCUCCCAGCAGCCGGCGUGCAGCCCAGCUCCUCCCUCACGGUGGCCUGUUGAUGCCCAUGCCUCUGGUACCCUGCCCAGAGGCAUGAGCCCCUGCCACACACUGGCUCCUCCCACGCUGAGAGAGGUCAGUGUGAGCCCUUGCCUCACACCGGCCCCUCCCACGCUGAGAGAGGUCAGCGUGAGCCCUUGCCUCACACCGGCGCCUCCCACACUGAGAGAGGUCAGCAUGAGCCCCUUGCCUCACACUGGCCCCUCCCACGCUGAGAGACGUCAGCGUGAGCCCCUUGCCUCACACCGGCGCCUCCCACGCUGAGAGAGGUCGGCGUGAGCCCCUUGCCUCACACCGGCCCCUCCCACGCUGAGAGAGGUCGGCGUGAGCCCUUGCCUCACACCGGCCCCUCCCACGCUGAGAGAGGUCGGCGUGAGCCCUUGCCUCACACCGGCCCCUCCCACGCUGAGAGAGGUCGGCGUGAGCCCUUGCCUCACACCGGCCCCUCCCACGCUGACAGAGGUCGGCCUGAGCCCCUAGCCUCACACCGGCCCCUCCCUCGCUGACAGAGGUCAGCCUGAGCCCCUAGCCUCACACCGGCCCCUCCCUCGCUGACAGAGGUCAGCCUGAGCCCCUAGCCUCACACCGGCCCCUCCCUCGCUGACAGAGGUCAGCGGGAGCCCCUAGCCUCACACCGGCCCCUCCCUCGCUGACAGAGGUCAGCGGGAGCCCCUAGCCUCACACCGGCCCCUCCCAGGCUGACAGAGGUCAGCCUGAGCCCCUAGCCUCACACCUGCCCCUCCCAGGCUGACAGAGGUCAGCCUGAGCCCCUUGCCUCACACCGGCCCCUCCCUCGCUGACAGAGGUCAGCGGGAGGCCCUAGCCUCACAACGGCCCCUCCCAGGCUGACAGAGGUCAGCCUGAGCCCCUUGACUCACACCGGCCCCUCCCACGCUGACAGAGGUCAGCCUGAGCCCCUUGCCUCGCACUGGCCCCUCCCAGGCUGACAGAGGUCAGCGGGAGCCCCUUGCCUGACACCGGCCCCUCCCAGGCUGACAGAGGUCAGCGGGAGCCCCUUGCCUCACAACGGCCCCUCUCACCCUGACAGAGUUCAGCCUGAGCUCCUUGCCUCACACCAGCCCCUCCCACGCUGAGAGAGGUUAGCGUGAGCCCUUGCCUCACACUGGUCCCUCCGACGCUGAGAGAGGUCAGCGUGAGCCCCUUGCCUCACACCGGCCGCUCCCACACUGACAGAGGUCCAUGGAAGCCCCUUGCCUCACACUGGCCCCUCCCACGCUGAGAGAGGUCAGCGUGAGCCCUUGCCUCACACUGGCCCCUCCCACGCUGAGAGAGGUCAGCCUGAGCCCCUUGCCUCACACCGGCCCCUCCACACUGACAGGGGUCCAUGGAAGCCCCUUGCCUCACACCGGCCGCUCUCACGCUGAGCGAGGUCAGCGUGAGCCCUUGCCUCACACCGGCCCCUCCCACGCUGAGAGAGAUCAGUGUGAGCCCCUUGCCUCACACUGGCCCCUCCCACGCUGAGAAAGGUCAGCGUGAGCCCUUGCCUCACACUGGCCCCUCCCACGCUGAGAGAGGUCAGCGUGACCCCCUGCCUCAACAGGCCACCGUGAGGGACGAGCAGGGUCGCACGCGGGCUGCUGGGAGGCAGGCAGGGACUUGGGCCUGGGAGGUCGUGGUGGGGCGAGAGCUGGGCCUGGAGACACCCCUGGGAGGCAACCGCGGGGCCUACAGACUCUGUUCUCCAGCCGGAGCUGGGACUGUUCAGGUACUGGGAGGCGGGAUGUGGGUCUGAAGAGCUUGGUUGCAGAAACUUCGGGGUCUACAAACGCAGGCGGGAGCUGAGCCAAAAAAGCUUGUUUGCUGGGAGGCGGGAGAUGCAGCCAGGAGAAACAGCUGUGCCUGCAGAGGCCGCCAUGCGGGAGGCGGAGGCCGGGCCUCCUCAAAUCGGCCUCUCCAGACCCACUUGGAGCCUCCCGGCAUCCUCUCCGGGCCCAGCUCUUCCUCCCGGCUGCGUCUCCAGGCCUGACUCUGGCCUCCCAACAACGUCUUUGGACUCAGCUCCUGCCCAGCUCCCAGCAGGCCCAAGUCGUCGUCAAGUCGGCCUGGAAUUGGGCCUGGAAGAGCAGCAAGUCGGCCUCCCCGGGCCCAGCUCCGUCCUCUCGGCGGCCUCUCCAGGUGCAAAACUUCCUCGAGUCAGCCUCUCCAGGCCCAGCUCCUCCUGCCUCCCAGUGGCCUCUUUCAGCCCAGACCAGCUCAUGGCUCUUGGCGGCCUUCCCAGGCCCCGCUUUUGACUUUUGGUGGCCUCUUCAGGCCCAGAACUUGACCUCCAGUGGGCCUUUGCAGGCCCAGCCUCCUGCCUCUCGAAGGCCUGCAUGGGCCUGGACUCACAGCAGACUCACAGCGGACUCUCCAUGCCCAGCUAGCUCUUGCCUCAUUGUGGCCUCCCGAGUCCAAAGCUCCUGCCUCUCGGCCGCUUCGGCAGGCCCAGCUCCCGCCUGCCAGUGGCCUCUUUAGGCCCAGCUCAUUCCUCACAACGGCCUUCCCAGGCCCCGUUUUUCCCUUCCGGCAGCCUCUAGGCCUCUAAUUUGUUUAUCUUUUGUGUAUAAAUCCCAAAAUAUUGAAUUUUGGAAUAUUUCCACCAUUAUGUAAAUAUUUUGGUAGGUGAUUUAUUUGGGGUGAGUUUCUGCAACAAGCCCGAAUUUUAUAUUUUAUUUUACUUAUUAUUUGGUGUUAAACAGGUUUAAUGACGGUCAUGGCAACUUUUUGGCACAAUGAAAAAUAUCGCCCAUGAUCAACGUGUUCUGUUCUGGGGAAGGGGGCAAAGGCAGGGUGAAUCACUUUCUUAAAAAGUAUAGCUCAAGUUGGGAGUACAGAGGGAAUGGGGAGAAAACCCUCCCGCUGCCUGUGUCGAAGUGCAGGAGCCCCCACUCCCAUACUCACCUGAGUCCAGCCCCCCUCUGCCCCCCGGGUGGCUCAGCCCAGCUCCUGCCUAGGAAAGCCUUAGUGUUGGGAGGGACCCUGAUGACUGAGGAGCCUGGUAGCUCCAGGUCGCCCACACUUUCAGGUCUCUUGCACCAGAAGGUGGCAGGAUCCAUUGGGAGGAAACAGGUCGCCUUGGAAGGCGUCCGUGGGUCCCCAUCCCCAGGGGUAGGGGCCAUAGGGGGCCCGCUCUGCUGCCUUGACCAUACUCCUGGGCUUUGAAGGCUCCUGGGCCCAGUAAGAAGGAGGUGGGUGCCAAGGUUGAGGAGGAAGCAACCGAGUAUGUGUAGGGGGAGGACAGGGUGGGACCAUAGACUUUGCCAAAAGCUGCAGGUGGGUCGGGGGACCCUGGGGGCUCAGGAUCCAGCAAGGGGCGGCAGGAGUAAAGGAGGAAGGAAUGACAGGUGCAAAUACCUUCCCACCAAAGCCCUUGUUGCCCUCUGGCUCCUCCCCAGAGUUGUCCCCACUCUCAGUCGGUCACCCACUCCUUGAACUUGAGAUCAGUGUCAGUGGUGCUAAAGCCAUCAUCAGCAAUGACAUCAUCACCCCCUCCUCCUCAUGGAUGACUGUGUGCUCCUCGUCACUCGCUAUGUCCUCAGUGGCCAUGUGUUGGGAAUGAGCAUCUCAAGUGGGCAGCAGCAGGGCUGCCCACUGGUCACCUCCCUCACCAGGGGCUGCAAAGUGGCCUGGAGCUCCAUACUGAGUAGAAGGCUUUGGGCCAGAGUAUGAUGCAGUGCCAGACACCACCUGUGUCAGUUCCUGUAGUGCCUGACGGUCUAUUUCCCUGCCGUCCAGGCUGUGUACCCCCCUGUGGAAGAAGGCUUGGGCCAGGCUGAGCCAGGUUCCCUGACAUUGUGCAGCCGUUCUGCCCCACAGAAGCUGCUCCUUGGUAUCCGAGCUCUGGAGUGUUUGGGCUGCAACUGACAGGAGUUCAGAGGACACCCCAGGGGCAGUGGCAGUGCCCGUCUCUGAUAUGCUCCGCUCCCACGAGCCCUUGUUACACUCUUGCUAGCCCCUGGCUUGUGGGCUUGGCCUCUGAGGUGGACUUCUUUUGUUCCUUGUUGCAAGUGGGCCACCUUCACCUGGAAGGCCAGGUCGUGGUAUUUCUGCAUCUCAUUGGGCCCCAGGGUGUACCACCGCUCGCUCAGCAUCUGGCUGACGGUCCGGAUAUCCUGGUUGGAGUGACCCUGGUGCGCCCUGCCAGGGCCUGGUGCCGCUUGCUGAAGAUCAUGACCGCCACUCAUGGGCCACCGGAUGUGGUCCUUGUCCCAUUUGUUGGGGCUGCGUCCAUCCUUCUCAGAAGAUGAGUCCUGUUCCUUGCACAGGGCACUGAGGGACUGGGCGUGACAUCAUCUGAGUGGUAGAGGCAACUGGGUGUCAGGAGACAUGAUGGAGAGGAAAGCAUCAUCAUGGUGAUUCUCUGUCUCACUGUCCAGCAGAGACUCCCCUGAGGGGCCCAGGGCUCCUCCUCCAUGGUGGGAGGUGAGCUUUUACCAGGUUCCACCACCCCCAAAGUGUGUGGGGUUGCGGGCCCUGGGCUUUCAGGGCAGGUGGCUCCAGGGGGCCGCCCAGGGUCAACACUCCCUGUCCCACCUGGUGGAUGCUCAUGAGCAACAGCUGCCAACUUGGCAGGUUGUUUUCUCUGGUUGGAGGCCACUGAGUGACUGGCAGGUUGCUGGGCCUCGUGUGGCUGCAGGGAGGGGUGAGGAAGGGGAUGGAGUACCAGGGGAACAUGGCCACAGAGUGACCUUCCACAUUCCUCCACACGAACAUGCUGACGCCACGGGAGGCCUCACUGAAUGCAGGCCUGGGGGCCGAGUACUUGGUCCGGGCAGGGGGUUCCUGGCAGGGGCUCACACCUCGCCCCCUCCUCAGCCAAGGUGGCUUGGGCCCAGAGAAGGGGGGGUUGGAGAGGAGCAGAAGGCCAGGCCUCAAGUUUGUUUUUUUUGUUUGUUUUUUUGUUUUUGAAAUGUAGUUUGACUCUUGUCACCCAGGCUGGAGUGCAGUGGCACGAUCUCAGUGGCCUUCAUACGUGGCUAAUUUUUUGUAUUUUUACUGGAGGUGGGGUUUUGCCAUGUUGGCCAGGCUGAUCUUGACCUCCCGACCUCAGGUGAUCCACCCACCUCAGCCUCCCAAAAUGGGAUUACAGGCAUGAGCCAUUGCUCCCAACUUCAUUCAUUUUUACCUGAAAAACUCCGUUAAGCAUUUUUUUAGGGUAGACCUAGUGGUCCUGAAUGCCCUCAGCUUUGUUUGUCGAGGAAGCACGUUAUUUCUUUUUUCUUUCUGAAGAACAGCUUUGUCAGACAUAGUAUUAGUUGCUGGCAGUUUUUUUCUUUCAGCACUUUGAAUGUAUUAUUCGAUUCUGUCCUGACCUGCAAAGUUUCUUUAACUUUUGACUAUUUGAUUAUAUUGUGACUUGGGUCUCCCUCUGUUGUCCAAGGCUGGAGGGUAGUAGUGUUAUCGCAGCUCAACCUUCCAGGCUGAAGCCAUCCUCCCACCUCAAUCUCCCACGUGGCUUAGACUACAGGUGCUUGACACUAUGUCCAACUAAUAUUUGGAAUUUUCGUAUACGUGGAUUCCAGAGGGGUGACAGCGAAACUAGGUGACCUCACAGUGACUGAAGCUUCCACUUACUGUUGAUUGUGACGAAAUGCCAGCUGAGGCACAUGCCUUGGGAGCUAAGUGGUUGCUGCCCUUGACCACUAUGAAGACUGUUUUGGGAAGGGUCGCUUUGGAUGCACUUGAGGAGGUGUCUCCAACCCCUGAGCCAUGGAGCCGUAAGGAGCCACACAGCAGGAGGUGGGACCAUCCAGUUUCAGGAAAACAAGCUUAACACGCCCACUGAUUCUACAUUAUGCUCCUACGUCCCGGCAGCCUCUCCAGGCCCAGAACUUUCUCCAGUCAGCCUCUACAGACCAAGCUCUACAGACGGUGGCCGCUCCAGGAUGAGCUUCUGCCCUCCAAUGGCACCUGCAGGCCCCAAAUGGUCUCCCGUCGGUGGGCUCCUCCACGCCAAGCUUGGGCCUCCCGGCGACCUCUGCAGGCCCAAGUUGUCCUGAAGUCGGCAUCUCCCGGGUCUGCCUCCCAGCAAGUAAGCAAGCUCUUUUGGCUCAACUCCUGCCCAGCUCCCAACCGCCUUUGUAGGCCCCGAACUUUCUCCAGCCAAGUUCUUCGGGCCUAAGUCCUGCCACCUGGUGGCCUGUACGGGCCCAGCAAUGGUUGGAGAACGGCCUCUGCAGGUCCUGCUCUUGCCUCCCACGGGCCUCUCCAGGCCCAGCUCUUGCCCCCACGGCAGCCUCCCGGGACCAAGUCCCUGCCUGCCUCCCAGCAGCCGGCGUGCAGCCCAGCUCCUCCCUCACGGUGGCCUGUUGGUGCCCAUGCCUCUGGUACCCUGCCCAGAGGCAUGAGCCCCUGCCACACACUGGCUCCUCCCACGCUGAGAGAGGUCAGUGUGAGCCCUUGCCUCACACCGGCCCCUCCCACGCUGAGAGAGGUCAGCGUGAGCCCUUGCCUCACACCGGCCCCUCCCACACUGAGAGAGGUCAGCGUGAGCCCUUGCCUCACACCGGCCCCUCCCACGCUGAGAGAGGUCAGCGUGAGCCCCUUACCUCACACCGGCCCCUCCCACGCUGAGAGACGUCAGCGUGAGCCCCUUGCCUCACACCGGCCCCUCCCACACUGAGAGGUGUCAGCGUGAGCCCCUUGCCUCACACCAUCCCCUCCCAUGCUGAGAGAGGUCGGCGUGAGCCCUUGCCUCACACCGGCCCCUCCCACGCUGACAGAGGUCAGCCUGAGCCCCUUGCCUCACACCGGCCCCUCCCACGCUGACAGAGGUCCAUGGGAGCUCCUUGCCUCACACCGGCCCCUCCCACGCUGAGAGAGGUCAGCGUGAGCCCCUGCCUCAACAGGCUACCGUGAGGGAGGAGCAGGGUCACACGCGGGCUGCUGGGAGGCAGGCAGGGACUUGGGCCUGGGAGGUCGUGGUGGGGCGAGAGCUCGGCCUGGAGACACCCCUGGGAGGCAACAGCGGGGCCUGCAGACUCUGUUCUCCAGCCGGAGCUGGGACUGUUCAGGUACUGGGAGGCGGGAUGUGGGUCUGAAGAGCUUGGUUGCAGAAACUUCGGGGUCUACAAAUGCAGGCAGGAGCUGAGCCAAAAAAGCUUGUUUGCUGGGAGGCGGGAGAUGCAGCCAGGAGGACCAGCUGUGCCUUCAGAUGCCGCUAUGCGGGAGGCAGAGGCCGGGCCUCCUCAAGUCAGCCUCUCCAGACCCACUUGCAGCCUCCCGGCGUCCUCUCCGGGCCCAGCUCUUCCUCCCGGCUGCAUCUCCAGGCCUGACUCUGGCCUCCCAACAACGUCUUUGGACUCAGCUCCUGCCCAGCUCCCAGCGGCCCUGGUAGGCCCACCACUUCCCGAAGCCAAGCUCCCCAGUCCCAGCUCAGGCCUCACGGUGGCCUCUCCAGGCUCAGCUUCUGCCCUCCGAUGGCAUGUGCAGGCCCCCAACGGCCUCCGGUCUGUGGGCUCCUCUAGGCCCAGCUUGGGCCUCCCGGCGGCCUCUGCAGGCCCAAAUUGUCCCGAAGUCGGCCUCUCCAGGCCCAGCUCCGGCCUCCUGGCAGCCUCUGCAGGCCCAAGUCGUCGUCAAGUCGGCCUGGAAUUGGGCCUGGAAGAGCAGCAAGUCGGCCUCCCCGGGCCCAGCUCCGUCCUCUCGGUGGCCUCUCCAGGUGCAAAACUUCCUCGAGUCAGCCUCUCCAGGCCCAGCUCCUCCUGCCUCCCAGUGGCCUCUUUCAGCCCAGACCAGCUCAUGGCUCUUGGCGGCCUUCCCAGGCCCCGCUUUUGACUUUUGGUGGCCUCUUCAGGCCCAGAACUUGACCUCCAGUGGGCCUUUGCAGGCCCAGCCUCCUGCCUCUCGAAGGCCUGCAUGGGCCUGGACUCACAGCAGACUCACAGCGGACUCUCCAUGCCCAGCUAGCUCUUGCCUCAUUGCGGCCUCCCGAGUCCAAAGCUCCUGCCUCUCGGCCGCUUCGGCAGGCCCAGCUCCCGCCUGCCAGUGGCCUCUUUAGGCCCAGCUCAUUCCUCACAACGGCCUUCCCAGGCCCCGUUUUUCCCUUCCGGCAGCCUCUUGGCCUCUAAUUUGUUUAUCUUUUGUGUAUAAAUCCCAAAAUAUUAAAUUUUGGAAUAUUUCCACCAUUAUGUAAA